UGCAAUAAAUUACCCAUAAUAAAAUCAGAAACCCAAGUUUCCUUCCUGAAACUGAUUUUCACUGCUUAAGUAUUUACCAGUGUGCAUAUUUUAAGGAAGGUUUAUGUCUCAGUUUCCUGCUAAAUAAGUACAUGGGAAAGGGUUUGGGCCAGUGCUGUCUGGGUGACCAGUGGAGGAGGUACAUUUUUUCAUUCAAUGUACACUUCCCCAGCAAGGCUCUGGGGAUGCAGGGAGUGCCCAGCCCAGUAGGAAAGAAAAUAAAGUUACAUUAAAAAUGAAACCUUAGUCCAAAAUUUGAUGGACCAGGUAGAAGUUAAACCAAACAGAUACACUGGCACUCUUUGGCCAUCCCUACAGUGGCUAUAGAGGUCUAAGAUCAUACUCUAAUAGGAGACCAGCAGCAGAGUAACAGGCCUCAUUGCAUGUUAGAUGACUAACUUAUAGUGUCUUCAGAAGGGGUAGAGGCCUAGAGGCAGAAAGACUAGCAUGACAUUUGUUGGAUUCUAAAGGCUAGGAAGGCAGAGACCCUAUCUGCCACACUAUUAUAUAGUCUCUCCUGCUAGUGUUACAAGUAGUCCAAGUGGAAAUGUUGAUUGAGCAAUAAAAACUAUCAUAUUUCAUUGAAUAUAUCUAUUUGAAGACAUUCUUUUAUGUAGUAAUAAGAAAACUUGGCAGUUACUACAUUGUCGAUCCUGAUUUCAGUGUUAAAAUGUGGAAAAAACGUGCAUAUUAGAAUCCAUGAAUACUAUAAAUGAAUUAAGUUGCAAAAGUAUUAAACCAGACACGAGAAAUUGGUUGAGAUAGAAAUAUCGUACCUGUUUAGCCUUGGGCUUUGCUCCUAACUAGCUUUCACAGAACAGAUUUCUAAAAAUGUGCCCUUCUCCCUUGGACUUAAGCUGGACUGAGAUCACAUGCUUUGAAACGCUUUGCAAGCUGUUGCUGGUCGUAUCUUGGCCUUACAUGGGGAGGGGGUGUUGCUACCUUAAGUCUCUAUCUUGUUUAGAAAAGGGAGUUUGUUUGGAAACAUGGGGCUAAGUCAGAGCUCCUGCCUCUGAUGGAUGCAGAUCUUUGGGGAGGUGGCAGAGAGAUCUGACCCACAAGAAGGGCCUCCCUGGCCCCGGCCAGCUCAAGUGAAAGCUUACCCUCAUCUGAUAAAUUUAUAAUGUUCUCCCUGAACUUUCCAUUCCUUGGCCUGUGUGGACUAUCUUUCCCCUAUAGCCAAACAAAACAAAACCCAAAAAACAGGAAUCAGGGAAUGGGUGUUAGGGAGAGACCCCUGGCCUUGUGUGUGUGACUUGGUUAUGCAAAAGCUGUGGUUUCUUCCAGAGAGGCACAGUGCAAAGAAGAGCUUUUCAGCCUACAGGAAAGACCGGUUUCCUGGAAGAAAACCCAGAAGGGCCGAUUGCUUCCAUUCCCAGGUGUUCCCUAGAAUGGAGAAUGGGGCUAACUUGGGUAACCUCCAUUUGGGGGAAAACAAGAAUGAACAAGAUGACACCUCCCUGCUGGAGGCUAUUCAGUGGCCAGCAAUCGGGAGUAAUGGGGCCCAGCCAGCCUAGGAGACAGCUGUUUGUUCCCCUUUAUAUAAGCAGAGAAACGGGGAUAUUAAAAGGGACUUGCCCAUGCUCAUGUAAUUAAGUAGAGCAGUCCUUGUGACACUUUUUAGGGGCUCCUCCCAAAGGUGGCCUGCUUUUUCCCGCCCAUGCUCCAGACCUGCCUAGACUUGUAGUUGUUUCCCAGGUUGCUAAAUCUCCUCCCCAAACAAACUUAAUCUAAACUCAGUAAACCUGGCCUUUCCUCUCUGCCUCUGGCUUUCUGUUUCAAACUCCUCUCCCAUUCCCCUGCCCUCUGUCCUGUCUUCUGCAGGUCUUGUCUGGUGUCAGGAAAGGGAUCCCAUUCCAUGGCCUCCUACUCUGGGGAGCCAGGGCUCCUGUCCUGUGGGUCCUGUGACAUGGUUUUCCGCUCCUGGGCCCUGCUGGCUACCCACACUCAGCGCUUCUGCAUUGGCCAUCUGACCGGAGAGGUUGUGCCACAAGGACAACAGGGCAUCUUAGACCAAGAGGCCAGCAAAUUGGCUCUGAAGAAGCUAACGGAGGAGGUGCAGCGGCUGUGGCUGUACCUACAGGAAAUGCAACCCUGGAUAACAGAGGUCCCCAGAAGAUCAGAAGGGCUCCGAAGACGUUGUGAGGCGCUGACUCAGGGCCCCACCCCAGAAGCUGCUGGAAGCCCGGGAGAGAGGCUUUGGGCAUUGCAAAGGACUCACGCAAAGCGGAUGGUGGAGACGAAGGCACAGAGCCUUGCCCUGGAGCGACGCAACGAGGAACUGAGCCAACGCCUCCAAGGUUUGGCCCAGACCCGGGGCGGAAUAUCACGCCUUAUCGGCCUGGAGCGGGAGCUUCGAGAACUCAGGGCAGAAGGCCGGCGAACGCGGGGAGCUCUAGAAGUGCUAGGGGCGCACGUUCAGCAGCUACAGCCAGAGUCCGGGACCGGGCUCAACCCCUUGCGACAGGCAGAACUCUGUUGUCCGGUACUACAGGCCAACCCAGGGACUCUGGCUGCCGAGAUCGGGGCCCUGCGUGAGGCCUAUGUUCGAGGCGGGGGCCGGGACCCCGGCGUUUUGGGCCAGAUAUGUCAGUUGCAAGUGGAGGCCUCAACACUGGAGCUGCAGCGGUUGCGGACUCGCAGGGGAAGGAAGGCAGAUGCCACACUGGGGGAGCUUCUAGUAGUGGAAGCUGAAAACCGGCGCCUGGAGGCAGAAAUCCUGGCCUUGCAGAUGCAGAGAGGCGCAGGCCCUGCGUCCUGGCUUCAGCGAGUACCCGUCCCAGGGCCUAGGAAGCUGCCACCUGCCGCGAAUCCCAGCCCAAGUCUGAGAAGGAGGGAAGAUCCCCCACGCCUCCCACCCCGGGUGGCUCCCCCACUGCCACCGAUUCCACACCCCACAGGUGUCCUAUUGAGUGGCACAGAAGAGGCUCCGCUGCCUCCUGGAACCAUGACCAGAAACCUAGGCCUGGAUGCACACUUCCUCCUGCCCACUUCUGACGUUCUGGGCCCUGCACCCUACGACCCUGGGGCUGGUCUGGUCAUUUUCUAUGACUUCCUUCGGGGACUUGAGGCUUCUUGGAUUUGGGUGCAACUACUGACCGGUUUGACCCGAGAUGGACAGGAUACAGGAGGGGUCACGGCAUUGCCCCCAGCCCUUUGCUUGCCCCCACCUCCAGCUCCUGGGCCCAUGGGCAACUGUGCCAUCCUUGCCAGCAGGCAGCCUGUACCCAGACUGCCACCUUCACCAUCAGUAUCCUUGGUCUGUGAGCUACAGGCCUGGCAGGGGCUGGCAGGGGCUACAGCACCACAGCCAAAGGCUUGGGCCUCACUGGUGUUAUUUGACCGGGAUCAAAGAGUGCUAAGUGGUCACUGGCGUAUUCCACUUCGGGCCCUUCCUCUGGACCCCAGCCUUAGCCUUGGGCAGCUGAAUGGGAUUCCCCAGGUAGGUCAGGCUGAGCUCUUUCUGCGACUGGUUAAUGCAAGAGAUGCAGGUGUCCAGACACUGGCAGAGAUCAAUCCAGCAAGUGCCCAGGAAUACCAGUACCCACCUCUGAUGUCCAGUUCGCCUUCACUGGAAGCCAGCUCCCUUGCCCCAAAAGCUGGCUUUGUUGAUCCCCCUCCUCCCACAGAAGAGCCCCUCAGAGUCAAGGUUUGAGACGAGGGUUUGGGCCCUCAUCACAGCUUUGACCUACCCCCUCUGGCUUUGAGUCUAGGAAAAUAUGGGCAGGAGUAG